AUGGCAAAGUCUAACGGUACAGAAGCUCGUGUUCAAGUUGCUGUUCGAAGUAGACCAUUGAAUCAACGAGAAAUUGAUUUAAAAUCUCUAGUUAUCGUGACGAUUCAUGGUUCACAAAUACUAGUUAAUAAAUCUCAAGAGAAGACACAUGGGUUAAAGACAUUCUCAUAUGACUUCUGUUUUGAUUCGAUGCAUUUAGAUGGGUCAAAUUAUGCUAGUCAGGCGACAAUCUAUGAAAAAGUUGGUGUUCAAGUUGUUAAACAUGCAUUCGAAGGUUACAAUGCUUGUAUAUUUGCCUAUGGUCAAACCGGUUCGGGAAAAUCUUAUACAAUGAUGGGAACACAUAGUGAUCGUGGUAUUAUUCCUCGUCUGUGUCAAUCAAUGUUUGAUCGAAUUGAGAACGAAAUCAAACAGGAGAUGAGUCACAAUUCGGAUAUGAAAAUGGUUGACAAUGAGAAAGUCAAUGAUAUUUUGUCAUUGAAAUUUUCAUCAUCGUAUCGAAUCGAAGUUUCCUAUUUUGAAAUUUAUAAUGAGAAAGUACGAGAUUUACUCAAUCCAAACAAUAAUCAUCAUGCAUUAAAAGUACGAGAGAAUAAAAUCCUUGGGCCCUAUGUUGAUGGCCUCUCGCAACUUGUCGUUACCUCGUAUCAGGAAAUUGAAACUCUACUAAUCGAAGGCAAUAAUUAUCGAACAGUAGCAUCGACAAAUAUGAACACAGAGAGUUCCCGUUCCCAUGCUGUGUUUUCUCUCAAAUUAACUCAAACAUUGUCAACUGAUGCAUCAGAAACACAAAGUGUUAAAGUAAGCAAAAUAAGCCUAGUUGACUUGGCUGGAUCCGAACGUGCGUCGAAGAGUGGUGUUCAAGUUGAACAAACACGUUUUCGAGAAGGAUGCAAUAUCAAUAAAUCGCUAUCUACACUCGGUCUGGUGAUCUCUGCAUUAGCAACACGUCAAUCGAAUGAACAGAAUUCUAAGUCAACAAAAAAGACUUUUGUUCCUUAUCGAGAUUCUGUCUUAACUUGGCUACUCAAAGAUAGUCUGGGUGGAAAUUCCUUUACAAUUAUGCUAGCCACCAUUUCACCAGCUUAUGAUAAUUAUGAAGAAACCAUUUCAACAUUACGUUAUGCUGAUCAAGCGAAGAAAAUUGUCAAUCAUGCGGUUGUUAACGAAGAUGAACCGGGAACGAUCAUUCGAGAUUUGCGCGAUGAGAUUGAUAAAUUACGAAAAGAACUUGCAGAUGCUAAAGCGGAAAAAUCAGCUGAGAAAUUGGAUGCGGAAAUCAAAGAAAACGAACGAUUGAUGCAAACAAUCAGCAAAGAUUGGCAAGAACGAAUUGCAGAAACAGAUAAAAUAAGCAAAGAACGACACGAGCUAUUACAGAAAAGUGGCAUAUCUGUUUGCAGUUCAGGUAUUGGUCUCGACAAAGAUCGCUUGUACUUGGUCAAUCUCAAUCCAGAUCCAGCAUUGAAUGAAUUAUUGGUCUAUUAUUUAAAACUGUCGACGACGACUAUCGGUCGACCGGAUGCUCCUACGCAACAAGACAUUGAAUUGAUUGGUGUGGGUAUUUCACCAGAACAUUGCGUUAUCGAGGUGAAAAGUCCAACUCAGAUUGUUCUUAGACCAUUAAAUAAAUCGAAAACUUAUGUCAAUGGUCAAUUGAUUGAUAAUGAACGGCAACUUAGGCAUGGUGAUAGAAUUCUCCUUGGAUGUUCACAUUUCUUUCGUUUGAAUUCGCCCGGAGAUAAAAAUUCGACGAAUAAUAACAAUUCAGUUAUGUCAUCGAUCAUGAACACGUCAUCGCAUUUGUCGUUUACCGAUGCUCAAAAUGAAUUUUUACUGAACCAAUUAGCAACAGAUCCAAUGACCAAAGAAUUGCGAUCAUUCUUAAAACCAGAUGAAAACAAUCAGCAAAAAAUCAUUCCAGAGAAAACGUCCGAUGUUUACGAAAGAGAGAUUGAAUAUCUGAAGGGUCAACUCAUGCGUAGUGAUAGUCGAUCAACAGCAGUCAAUUCAAAAACGCGUACUUUCGAAGAUUCGCUUUCCAAAUGGCGUUUCUCGAAUAAGCUCCUCACUGAAUCGGAAGAGAGUCGAGCUUUUUUCAACCGCUUAAAACAAGAUCUCAUUCGUGUGAAUGCUUUGGUUUCCGAAGCCAAUACAAUUGCAAGUGAAAUGCAACAACAAACAACAUACAGUGUUAUGUUACAAAUUCCCGUCUCUUACUUAAAACCAAGUCAAAGGGCUACAACGAACUUAUGCGAGUCAGCUGUACAAGUGAAAAGACGAAAUUUGUCUCCACAGAUAUGGAACGUGGAAAAAUUUGAAUCAAGAUUAAAUGACAUGAGAGAAUUUUAUUAUGAAUGGCAAACGUCGGAGAAUAAAAAUACGUUUUUACCACAACAAUCGAAACGAUAUGAUCCGUUUUUUGACGCCGAAGAAUACAAUAGUCUGAUUGGUGUUGCGAAUAUAUUCCUCAAAGCUUUGUUUUACGACUCUAAGCUUGACUAUCUCGUACCGAUUAUCAACACACAAGGAGAGAUUUUCGGUUCACUUCAUGUCGUUUUCGUCCAAGUCGGUACUUCGGCUAUGAAGAAAUUAAGCGACUUUCAGCCAAGGAAAGCGGUGCGCACAAAUACCAGCGAAGGAAUUAGUAUCGAUGCAGAUGAAAAUAGUCUGAGCGAGAAUAGCGCUAGUCAAAACAGUCUGGAUGAGGAAAGUGUUGAUGACUCAACGAAGACGUUCAAUAAUAAAUCUGACCAAAUCACGGUUAAAUUUUCAAUCAAAGAAGUCCGAGAUUUGCCUCAAUGUGAUGGCGAUACUAUUAUGUGUCGAUAUACUUUCAUCAAUCAGAAAGAUGAACAACAAAUCUUCUCAAUCAAGCCUUCGACAUCUUCCGACGAUGAAAAUAGCGAUGAGGAAACAAGCAAAAAUCCACGAAUAUUUACAUUUCAUCAUGAAAAAGAGUAUACUUUUACGAUCACCGACAAUUUCAUCACAACAUGUAUGGAAAGUGCUAUUUCCAUCGAAGUUUGGUACCACUAUAGCACGAUACCAUUAGCAGUGAACACGAAUGCGCAAAACGAACGCAAUCGACGUGAUGCAGAAAUUCGAGCAUUAAGUAAUCGAUGGAAAGAAGUUAAACGGCACAUACAGUAUGCGAUAGAAAUCCACGAAUUGGAUGCGUCAGGCAAAUGGGAACCGGUUGAAGUAGAUGCACAACAGCCACAGAUCAUCAGUGGAGGAGUUUAUCGACUACGACAAGGUCAAUCGAAACGACUUGUCGCAAGGCUACGUGUGAUUCCUCAAUCUGGAACAAUGCCACUUGUUCUUCACGCUAUUCGAUCUGUUGAAAUCGGUUCGAUAAGUACACGAAAGAUCAAUGCACCGCGUCAAUUAGAUUCGUACCAAGAUGAAGAAUUACAGCGCCUAAGGCGUGAAUGGCUUGGCUUAAUUGAAAAACGAAAACUCUAUCUUGAAUCCGAAAUGAAAUUGCUCAGUCAACAGACAAAUAAAACACCGAAUGAUUUAGAAAGAGAAACAGCGUUACUCGAGCAGCUUGUUCGCUUAGCAGAAGAACGAAAUUUUGCGGAAUUCCCGCCAUCAGGAAGUGGAAUACCAGGUUCACCACCGUGUUGGACACCACCAGCUACUUUCGAAGAACAUCGUCCACUAGUAUUUCUAGAUUUAGAUCCUGUUCAUAUGAAUACCGCAAAUGAUACUGCUGGUCUUAAAGCAACUUUAACUGAAGAAAAUAAGAACGACAUGUUUCGUCUACCAUUGUUGCAUCAUGCAUCGGAUGAAGUUCGUGCAGUUGCUCAAUGGGAUCCAUCCAUACAUGAAGCCACUGAAAUGAAUCGUGUGACACCGCACAAUACGAUUAUUUAUAUGAUCGUCAAAAUCACUGUCGUCAUAUCUCAGCCUGUUCGUAUGGAACUCAUUCUGCGUAAGCGUAUUGCAACAACGAUUGGAAAAACCGAAGGUUGGUGGUCAGGAAAAGCAAUGAAAUACCUCCUUGGAUAUAAACCUUACAAACGAACGAGUAUUGUUUAUGAAAUUGUUUCAAGUAUACCAAAAUACAUUUAUGAGAUCGAGGAUCGAAAAAGCUUAGCACUAGUAGCGGGCUCCGAAUGUCACAGACAGAAUUAUGUCCAAAAAUAUAUUCAAUAUGCGUCAGCUGUUGAUUCACUUCUGUUACUCGAUCAAUUGAGACAAGAAGUUUCAUUAGCUGAAAAUUCAGCAAAACAACAAACGAUUCGAAAAGCAACCAGUGUACCGAAUAUAGCAAAUCAGCAAGGAAACACUCCUUUGUCAAUUGCACCAAACUAUUCUCGUCGGGAAAUUGACACUGAACCAACGUCACCACUGAAAAAGUCGCCCUCGAUUCAAGGUGAAUCAUCGACUCGUCCAAAUCCGUUCUAUGACGAUAAUAAAGCAGCCAAGUCCUCAUUUCUUUAUCCGCAUGCUCAUUCUGAUUCAACGCCAUCACAAAUUAAAACCAUCACGACUCCAUUUUCUGCAUUCAGUCGAUCCGAGGUGAAUGUUUCCACUCCCAUGUCAACACGUAUUGAAAAUCUCGAUUAUGAGGCCAAUCCUCAACAUUCAUAUUUCGAAUCUACGACCCCGAGUUUGUUGUCCCGUUCGCUGUUCAUCGAACAAGAACAAUUACAGCCAGUUCAAACAUCAAGCAUUCGUAUUCGUCAUACGUUCGAUAUCGAUGAUCAUGAAAAUCAAACCACUAAAAAACAAGAUAGUGAUCAAGCGUUACUAUCGAUAAAGACACUUGAGGAAAAAUAUUCCAUUCCAACAACGCCUCGAAAAACCGAACCAACAGUGACUGCAGAACCAUCGACAGCAAAGAAAAUCGUGGAUAUCAACGACGAAGAAUAUCCAGUUGAUGCACGAGUCACUGUUAACACGGAUCAUCAAUUAUACAAUAAAACAGGAACGGUACGAUUCGUAGGGAAAACAUCAUUUAAAGAAGGAAUUUGGUACGGCGUUGAACUUGAUGAGCCUGUUGGAAAAAAUAACGGUACAUUUGAUGGAGUUGCUUAUUUUCAAUGUCCUGAUAAACACGGAGUUUUUGUUCGUCGCGAUAAACUUUGUCGCAAAACAUAA